CCCCUCCCACUCUUAAAACACCACACGUCUAGCUGGACCUUAUGGGGGCUGACCCGGGACCAGAGGCACAGCUUGUGAACAGGAAAGGCGCUGGGAGUUGCUGUGGACGUGGAGCCCUCAGGAUGCUGGACCGCAUGUUCUCCUUGUGGUUCUGGUUCGGGUCCGCUCGCCCCGGGUUCUUCCUCUGGACGGCGGCGGUGUGGUCCGGGAUCCUCCUCAUGUACCACAGGGGGGUCCACGCUAGUCUGAGCCUGGGUCCCGGGGGGGACUUCCCUCGCCUCACAGAUGUGCUCCUCUACGCCUUUAGCCAUGAGGAUCUGCCCUCGCUCCUGGUCAACACCAUCCUGCUCCUGCUCCUGGGCCCGUGCCAGGAGCGGCGCUGGGGCACCCUGGCCCUCGUCUGUCUGUCCCUCCUGUCCGCCCUCCUGCUGCCGGUCCUCUACUCCCUGCUCCUGUUCGUCGGGGGGGGGGAGGCCAGUCGGAUCAGCGGCUACUCGGCCCCCCAGCUGGCCCUGUUCACCGCCCAGUGCCGCCAGGUGACCCAGAGGAGGCUGCUGGGAUGCGUGCCCGUCUGGUUCCUGCCGUGGCUGGUCCUGCUGGCCGGUCUGGUGCUGCUGCCCGGGACGCCGGCCCUGCUCCACUUCUGUGCGAUCUGCCUGGGACACAACUAUCGUCAGUCUUUCAUUGGGCUUUUCCAAGAACUGGAGAAUGCCACAAUUUUCAAGCGUGUUCCUGAAUGGGUCUGCGUCUUCACCACCACUACCCUACCUACCCUACCCUACUACAUCACGUCUGGCCCCAGGCUGCCCCCCUCCACCACGCCCAGAAGGUCUGGAUCCCCAUCUCAAUGGAAACCUUCUGGCGGGGCUGAUACUUCUGCUAGCCACCCGACCCGAGACCCCUCGCCCCGACACCAGAGCCCCUGGUCCGAGCCGGGGCCUUCGUGGGCGCUAGAAGGAGCUGCUGCUCUGGGUGAACACCGCCUACUGGAGGAAGAGAUGAUGAAGGCAGGGAUCUUGGCCUCCUUACAAGACACGUCUGAGGACCCUGAGGGGAGGGUGGAGGUGCCAAAGUCCUCUGUCUCCUCUCUCAGACUGCAGCAGCUUGAAAGAAUGGGAUUCCCGACUGAGAAAGCGGUAGUUGCGCUUGCGGCCUCAAAACAACUAGAUGGCGCCAUAUCCUUGCUGAUCGACAACCGCGUUGGUGACCAGUCAGUGAUGGUGUCAAAGGGGAGGGGCACUCCGUCCCCGUAGAAAACCACAUCAUAUGUUGCAUGUGAUCUUUGAUAGUGACAUGGCAUUGUGUUGCAAUAGUAAAAUAUGCUUGGGUUAUGCUGAGCUUAAGUGUUGUUAAAUGUUCCCUGUGGGCCUUUGUUGAUAACAAAAAUAAGUUUAUAUCAAUAUUAAACAUUGAAUCAAUCAGAUGUUCUUGGUAUGACUUUCCAGAUGGACACAUUUUUUCAGUGUAGUCAAUGUGACAAAAAAAGGAGACAUGUUAAAAAAAACGGAACUUAUUUUUAUUAUAUCAACGACAGGAUUAUCCUAACACAAUACCACCUUGGCAAGCAAUAAAAAAAACUAUCAAAAUAUAAUAUGAAGAUACACAUAUCCGCAUACAAAACAUACUUCAGUUGAUCAAAAUUUAAAUAAUGAAUAUGUUUGUAGGAAUAAAAAAUAAAU